AUGGGUUUUACUACUGCGGGCGGCAAACGGGGCCUGGCCUCUAAACGUUCAGCGAUUAGUCUGCACGAUCAGCAGCCAGUCGAGCCGUACACGGAUGAACCAGGUGAUGAGCCGCCAGCUUAUACAGAUGCAAUCCCAGGAAGUUCAAGCCAGGUACAAGCUAGUCUCCCUGAUCUGUCAACCCCUGGCGCCUAUAUCAAUCCAUACCAAGAAGUUACUGGAAGCCGUGUCGUCAAAACAUAUUCAGGACGUGAAUCAUACCUUGUUUCUGUCCAUCCUGAAUACACGAACACACCAAGUGCUCUAUACAAUGCCAUAUACAACCAAGCUUGUGUGGCUCCUACAGUUCUCAUCUCUGUCACGGGAACCCACACGGUCAAGCAGCGGGAUGGAAAAAAGGACUCCAGCUCCAAGGUUACGGACUUUGAUUUUCGAAUCGAGACUCGAGGAACUAUAUUGCCAAUGUCUUCAUACGAUCUGACUCGAUGUCCUUUAUUCGAUUUCUACCACGAACUAACCGUGGUGCGAGACAAUGAUAGACAGUCUGCGUAUCGUGGAGGACGGUUCAAGAGCAAAGCAAGCAAGAAGUAUAAACUCACUGGAGCUGGUGAUCUGGAGCAAGCAGCGAUGGAUGGCGAACAGACCCAGGCCGAGACAAGUCUCGAGAGUAUGCUGCAGGAAUGGUGUACUCGAUACUGCGAAGACAAGAGCGGAGUGAAAUCAUUUACGCUACGCAGCACAGUUGAAGGGCUCGACAUGGCUAUUAUCAAAAAUGAAAUAACCUCCAUCAUCCGCUCGACAAACUACCGUGGCACUAUCUCCGUUAACCAGGUAACAACCCACACAGCACUAACUAUCUAUUCACCACACUGGAUAAACAAGCUCCGAACCAACAGAUUCGUCUGGUGGAUAGUUGUUAUUCUUCAGCUUUGGAUAAUUACCUGGCCUAUCAUCAUCUUGCUCGAAAGACGCUAUGAGCCCGUUAAGGCCCAAUACUACGUCCGCCGGGAAUCAGGGUAUAACCCUCCUUUCAAAGGAGAAGUUGAAUGGACAAAGAUGUUUGCUCGUGCUAUUUGUGCGGCAGCGCUAAAUAGAAGGAAGGAUGAAAUUGUUACCACAGCUGAUGUGCAGCGGGCUAACGAUGCGGCUCUCAGUGGUCGACGGGAGGAAUCUGCAGCCGAAAGAGACAGGAGGGCAAGGCUGAACAGCGGAAAUGGAUCGUUUAUGGAUUCUGUUAUUGGUAUAGCUAGAGGCGUGUCCGAGCUGAGGAGUGAGUUUGAUCAUGCUAGAGGUUGGGGUGCGAAUGAGUGA